AUGCUGACUGUAAUGCUGCUGAGUUGUGCCCUGCUGCUGGCACUGCCUCCCACGCUGGGGGUCCAGAUGGGUUUGGCACCCCUGGAAGGCAUCAGAAGGCCUGACCAGGCCCUGUUCCCAGAGUUCCCAGGUCUAAGUCUGAAAGGCCCGAAGAGGACAACUGCAGAUGGAACAGAAGAGGCUCUGCUGAAGAGGACAGAAGCUUUGGCGGAGGUGCUAGAUCCUCAGAAUCGCGAGUCCCGUUCUCCGCGUCGCUGUGUAAGGCUGCACGAGUCCUGCCUGGGACAACAAGUACCUUGCUGCGACCCGUGCGCCACGUGCUACUGCCGCUUCUUCAAUGCCUUUUGCUACUGCCGCAAGCUGGGUACUACUACGAAUCUCUGCAGCCGCACCUAACCAAUGGAUGUUGGGCAAAAGCAGGGACGCGAAUAAAGGAUGGGAC